AUGAUGCGUGUAGCGAUCCGCAACGCUGCUGAGGCAUGCGCGCGCGUUUCAAGGCGGCGCUCGCUCUCUGAAGGUUGCAACAUCCACCUCUUGACCACAAUUACCGAGGAAGAGCAGGAGCGCUCAGCCUCGCAGCCCCAAAACGAACCGGAGGAGCACCAAUUCCAGCUCACGCGCCACCAUAACAACACUCAGGAAACGCGUUCCAAGUCCGAGAGCUUCAUCUGCACGGCACAGGGGAUCGUCUUCCAGGACACGAAAAGCCAGCAGUACCAGACCAGGCUGAGGAAUCUCAUGGCCCUUGCAGCCAACCCCAACAGCUCCAAGAGCAACGCGCUGCUCGCCCAGAAGGCUCUGCGAUACCGCAACAAGAUGAUGGAGCGCCGACGCGCCUGCAGCUAA